GUGCGAUGCCUUUGUCUGUGGACCAUCGAGCAAAUAUGGCGGCUUCGCAAUAGAUGGAAAGCUUGAGCGAGCAAAAAUGAAAUGAUUUCAGUUCAGUUUUAUUGUCCACAAUCGCACCUGCAGAAAGAAACGGUCCUUAGGACUCUUAGGAAUGUCUGGUUUGAAGGAGAGUGCCAAAGUAGAGGAGAAUGACACCUCAAUGUCACGAAUCUCUCAGGACCUUUUGAACAGCGAGACAUUCUCUGCAGAGGGGGCUACACCAGGUCCAUCAGUGCAUUGUCCUCAAGAGACCAUGGCACUACUCGGUGACCAAGGAGACCUCCUGACCAGUGUCGGUUUUAUGGACUCCAUUUGCUCAGAUGGACCAGCCAAGGCUGCUUACGUCAAUGGAUCCACCUCACCCCAUAUAUCAGAUGAAAUCCUGUUGGAUAUUUCAAAAAAUGUACCAGUAUUCCUUCCCAAAUCAUUACAAGCUCAGAAUUCUGUCACAACCAACGUCCACUUUGAAGGACCUGAUCCACUCAGAAAAGAGGGGGAAAUAACAAUCAGGCAAACGUUGACUGCGGAGGAUGUGGAGAAUAGGGGUAUAUGGGGCUUUGAUACAGAAUCUCCAGAAAGUUCAUUAGAUAAUUAUGAUGAUGGAAAUGACCUUAGCUGGAAUCCCCAAAGGGAAUUUAUGAAGUUCCUGUGGGAUGAUGAUAACGGUCUAGAAAUGGAGGAAAAACUGUCCCCCGUUCCUUCACCCAUCAACCAUAAAAGAAGAGUUCCGUCACCACUCGGCAGUAAAAGAAGAAAACGUAAAGAAAAAUUGGUCUUAAAAGUCGAUCCUUCAGAGGACCUAUACUCUGAUUUGAAUUUUGAUCAUCCAGGUGAAGGAAGCCGGACAGAGUGCAGUCCUGUUAAGAAGACACGUUCCCCAAGAAAAUCAUCCAAAUUAAAGUCACCCAUUGUGAAACAUGCCAAGUAUUUAAAUGGAGCUGCUGAGGCAGUCAAACACCUGUUUCCCAAACCAGCAAAAAAACCUAUUAGCAGGGAGGAAUCAACUUUUUUUCAGCGUAACAGCGGUUUUAAAGAGAAAUCACUAGAAAACAGACAAAGUACAGGUAAUAAAGAUACAACUAGUUCAAAGCCAUUCAUAUGUAAGGAAUGUGGGCAGUGUUACCAUGAUCAUAGUUCGCUGUUAAAUCACAUAAGUGUUCACCAGGGGAAGCGACAGAAAAUUAUGGCAGAAAUAAAUGAGUUGCAUCAAAUUAAAGAUGAAGGUAAAGAUGCAAAGUUACAAUGCCCCCAAUGUACCUUUGGAACGAACUGUCCGAACACCUUUGUGCAACACGCGAAGACCCAUGAGAAGGACAAGCGAUACUAUAGUUGUAACAAGUGUGAUUUUGUUGAAAUGAAUGAAGUUGAACUGAGACGCCAUUUGCUUCAUAAGCAUGGAAUCAGUGGUGCUGAUCUUACUGUUUGGAAAUCAGAUGGAUUUCAGGAGCGCAAAGUCAAUAAAUCAACAUGUCCAAUUUCCUAUUCCUGUUCUGUUGAAAGAAAACCUAAAGACAUCAUUGGAAAUCAUGUUAAGGCUUCAUGUCAACCGCAUUUUAAUGAAGAACAGGCGUCCUCACAUUCCCUUGACAGCAGUGAUGAAGAACUAUCGCUAACUGAACAGCCAACCUCUGUUUGCAAAGUUCUUACUUCAUGUGCAAAACCAACAGCAAAGUCACCAAAAUUGUCUGUGAAGCUCCGUGCACCAGACAAAAACGAGAGCUUGUCGUCUGAUCAGAAGUGCGGUCUAUUACGAAAGAAAAAGGUGUGGACGCACAAAAGUGUCCAAAGCCAAUCAAGACUUGACAAAUCAAUUCACACCCUUUUAUCCAGAAAGAAACCUAGUGACCAGUAUGCCUCAGAAUGCAACACUCAUCCUGAUGGAAGCAGUACAACAGAGUUUCUUGACAAUUCCCUCAACUACUCUGGAACAGGAACUAGUUUGUCCCCCUCUAAGUGUCUGAAAAGAUCAGCUCAUUCUAAAGAAGGGAGCACUAAAAUAACGUUUAAGUCUGAUGGAAACGUUACUUCUUCAGAUGUUGGAAACUCAUAUUAUACACAUUUAAGUUUGGAAAAGCAAACAUUCAAGAAGUCACCUUCCAAAAGGAAAAUGUCAACUCCAUUCCACAAUAUGCGGGGCCAAGAUAUUCUUUUAGAUUUUCCAAAAUGUCGACAAAAUUUCAAGAAACCUGAAACAUCCAAGAGGAGUAAAGAAUUUAUCAACAACGUUGACUUUAUGUGUGAUUCUAAUGAUGAUCUUAGACCUGAAGAAUGUGAAAUCAACAAGAAGGCUAAUGCACGUUUUGUAAGAAAACAGACUUCACCUGCAAAGGCAAGUCUUGUUGCCUCAACUAGUCACUUUAAGAGAAAUCACAGUUCCCUGAGGAUGUUUUCUGUCAAAGAUGAAUACAAGGAAGAAGAGAUCUCAGAGUCGAUUGCUACUGUAAAGCGUGAAGCGAGCUCAGAUGUUGAGACCGAUCUGAAGGCUUGUCCAUACUGUCCUGCUGUAUUUGAGUCAGGAAUUAGCCUCUCUAAUCAUAUAAGAGGACAUUUGCACAGAGUGGGCCUAAAAACACGCCAUUCUGUAUCUGCAGCUAAGGUGACUUCUCUUGACAAAGUACCUCCAGUUCGACGACGAAAAUUGCCACAAAUCAAAACAGCAGAGGACACAUCCCAGACUGAUCAUUCUGCAGAGCUGCCAACCGACUGCCAACAGACAGAGCUCAUCUGUCCUCUCUGUAGGGAGUGGUUUGACAACAGGACUGGGCUGUCCAAUCAUGUACGAGGCCACCUGAAGCGACUGGGCAAACCUACGUCCACCGCAUCCAAAUCUCCAGUCAUCAUAUUGAAAGAAUUGAUGCGCGACAAGAAACAGUUUCAGAUGAAGCUACAGGUUCUUGAGAAGAAGUGCCGCGCCACCAAGUCUUUCCAUCCUAUUAGUUUGAAUAACGGACUAACCUUCGCCUCUACUGUCAAACGGCAUAAAGAUAAGGAGGAAAAGAAAAGGAUAGAGAUUAAUAAAGGCUCACCACCAAGUGAUCUGAUUGGAAUUUUGAAGAAAAGAAGAGCCCAUGAAGAGACCAAAGCAAAGCACUCAUCCCACAUGGCGAGAAAGGCUCUCCUUUUAUCUUCAGGCAAAGACUGUGGCCUUGAGAUACAACCUUUCAAAGCAGUGCCAAAUUCACUAGAAGAGAAAAGUGAACUCAAUAGAAAAGUUUGCGUGCACUGUAAUGCCACCUUCCACAGUGGUGUUAGUCUCUCCAAUCAUUUGAGGGCAUAUGCACAUAGAAAGAAAAAAGCUCUUCUGGAUGGAACUAGUACGCACCUUUCUUUCCUCCUAUCUUAUGACUGUAAACAGAGAAAGCAAAGAUCAAGGUCUGGGUCAAAGAAGAAAAUGUACCCGCUGCUGCACAGUCCAGAGGAAAUCUACAGACUUACUUGCAGGUUUUGUGACCUAGUCUUCCAGGGCCCUUUGUCAGUGCAGGAGGACUGGAUAAAGCAUUUACAGAGGCACAUUAUGAAUACCGCUGUACCGCACACAGGGGCUGGGAUGGUGGAAGUCACCUCCUUCCCCAAGGACUCUUGCUCCAACACCAUACCACAGGCACAAUCUUCAGUGAUGCAAACAUCCUCAUGAGCCCAGGAACACACUCACACAUUGUCCUUGGAAUAUCAUUUGUGUAAAUUGUUUGGUUUAAAUUUUAUAUGGCCAUCAGUAAGGACUUCUGGUUUUAAUCUGAAUGAGGAUCCAUUCUUAUCACAGACCGCCUUUUAGAUAUUGUUACAUUUUGCUGGUGUUGUACAUGGUCAAAG